AUGCGUUUCAAAAAUACUAAGGACCUCCUAAAACAUGAGAUGAUGCAUGCAUUGGGAUUUGGAACGGUAAAUCCCAUUUCUACGCAGGAAAGCUGCGCCGAAGAGCUUGACUUCUCGCAGCGAGCGGGAGAGUAUGUCGUAUCGGCCUUCGGAUGCAAAAAUGUGGCUGGAAUUCUUGCAGAUGAUCGUCGAAAAACACAUCUGAUGGAGAGCAUUUAUCAUGAUGAAAUGAUGACGCCGUAUCUCUCGGAAAAGCGCAACUAUUUCUCCAACAUUUCGGCGAUGAUCCUUGAGGAUACGCAUCUAAAUUCUGGGCAAUGGUACAAAGUCAACUAUCGCUCGAUCCAGAAAGAAGCAUUCCGCUUCGUCCGUGAAAAUCAACAACUUUGUGCUCGUCUCGAAAAAGCAGCUUCAAAAUUGAGC